AUAAUAAUUUAAUGAACUCUGGCAACACUAGAUUUAAUACACGUGAAAUUUUUGUUAGAAAAAUAAACACAAUUUUCUUUCGAUUAGUUCUUAAAUAAAACGUAAAUAAUUAAGAAGAAUAUGGCUUUAUCAUCUGUGGAAAAACGUAAAAAAACAAAAGUCUUAAAAAAACAGGAAUCAGAGUCGGAACAAAGCUCCUCAGCAGAUGAGAGUUCAGAUGAACAACGGGUCGGCGGCAAUGCUGGCUGGGCUGAUUCCAUUGCUAAAGUACUGAGUACCACUAAACCAAAAACUAAAAAGACUUUGGUACUAUCUCGUGCUAAAAAAAUAAAGGCAGAUGACAAAGGAAAAGUGGAAAAUGAUUAUGGUUUUGAAGUGGAUGGGGAAAUUAAAGAGGAGAAACCCACUGAAGAGGAACUGGAAUCGAGUUUAAAACAGACUAAAAACCAAAAACUUGAAUUAAGAGUUAAACCAUCAUGGAAGGAUAUUGAGCGUGAAAGAACUUUGCGUAAAGUAGCCACACGUGGUGUAGUGCAAUUAUUUAACGCCGUUCGCAUACAACAGAAGGAUUUACAACAUCAGUUGGAGGAAGCUGGACCUUUAGAUAGUCGUAAGGAAGCUGUACUAAAUAAUAUUAAUAAGCGCAAAUUUUUGGAUGUUUUAAUGAGUGGAAAACGAUCCAAAUCUGAGCCUGUGGAUAAUUUUGUUAAAGAUGAGUUAAAGGAAGAAAGUGACAGCAGCGAAGAUGAAGGUACGGAUGGUAAGAAAAAGAAAUCGGAGUGGAGUGUUUUGCGUGAUGAUUUCAUGACCAACAAGAAAAUUAAACACUGGGAUGAAGAAGACGGCAGCGAUGAGGCACAAAGUAAUGAGGACGACGAUUAGAUAUUAACAAAUAUUAUAAGUUUAAUAGAUAUUAAGAUUUUUGUUUAAAUAAAAAUAUGUAUGUAUGUAUUUUUCUUAGUUUGCUACUCCUUUUUGGAUUUUAAAAAUGGCAGAUUUAAUAAACGUGCCCCUCCUAGUA